AUGAGCGAUCCUCGCAGUGAUGCGCAGAAGCGCUCUUCGGCAGUCUCCUCGUCAUCGGGUCAUCCGACGGGCGAGCAGAGGCACAGCGACGAUUCUCACACGCCAUCACUCAGCACAAGAGCCACACAAUCUCAUCUUCAAGCCAUCCCUUGCAAUCCUUCUUCUGCCACUAAACCGGCUGGAUCGACGCUGAGAGCCAACACUGCUCUUCGUCCGCUCAUCCCGCAAGAUACUCCUUGCUCCACGACUCAGCCUCAGCGCCAGUCUUGCUCGACCACCAGCGACCGACAAGUAGGCUCGUAUGAUGAUGGCAAUCUCUCCACUAUCGGUCGUGGUCAAGCUAAUCCCACGCUAGGCACAACGCAAACACGCCCUGCACUCGGCAGGCAAGGCUCUCACAAUCAGCGCUCCGUCUCUUACGCUACCUCCGACUUUGAGACCCUCUCAGCCAUGUCUGCUUCCGAGUACAGUUCGGGUGCUGAAGACGACGCUGAUCAGUGGCGUCGUCGAUCUCAGAACAGAGGCCGUUCUGCUGAUAACGCUAUCCGUCAAGGCACCUCCAUCGGCCGACCUGGCUUGCUUGUAGAGACUUUAGCUACCGCUCGCUCUGCUAGCGCAAUCACCGUCGCUAGCUCCCACCAGGCCCGCCCUCCCUCCGCCAACACCAGAGACUCGAGCAAAGCACGCAGACAGAGCCGUGCUUAUCGCGGUGACGAUGACUAUCUCGAUGCCGCCGAGCACGGUCGCUAUUCCCCACUCGAUGAACAAGACGAUGAAGUCGAGCCGCACGACAGAGGUGAAGAGCUCGUUCGUCGUCGUAUCAAGGCUCGUCAGCGCGAGAAAGCUAUGCGAAAGAAAGCCGAGAAGGAUCGUUCUCGACAGUCGGUUGCUUACCCGAGUGGAUCUGCCAUUGCUGCGCUUCUCUCACCCAGCCUCAAGCCUAGUUCUGCCAUCCUUGGUCAGCGUCCCAGCUCACCUUCACCCAGACCCGAUCGAUCCGGUCGACCCACCACCAUCAUGCUCCCACCUCCUCCCUUCCCAAACGCUGCCCAAUUCGGCCCUCUUUCGCCCACUUCUCAGCCCGCCUUUCCUAGCCCUGGAGGUGCUGGUAGCAGGCUCUCCUCCGCUCCUGCCUAUCCCUCACCGCACGGCCACAUUCGUCGUCCCAGCUCCAACCAGAACAGCGCACAGAAUCGUUUCAGCGCUCUCAGUCAUGGCCAGCAGAGCACCGUAGGUCCACAAAGUGCCAACCAAGCUACUCCCAGUGCUGCUGCCAACCAGGACCCCUUCUCUGCCGUUGGCGCUGCUUCCAACAGCGGCCGCACUGCUACCGACGCUAGCUCCAGCCUGGCAGAAAGUGAAAGUAACGACUUUGACCAAGACGAAGAGCGCGACACCAUCGUUAGCCUAGCUGGUGGACGUCGACGUGAUCAUGGCGACGAGCAUGACCAGGAUGCCACAAGGCUCCAAGUCGAUGACGAUGACGGUGAACCCGAGUAUGGCAACAGCGCCGGAGAUGACGAUCAAGACGAUGACCCUCUUGAUGACCAGGAUGUCGAGUAUACCCUCAAGGAUCGUCAAGACGCCAUCAACAUCGAACAUCCUUUCGGUCUGCCCAUCUGGAAACCAGCCCUCUACAAAAAGUCUCGCUCUGUCACCCGCAACGCCGAGAUUGCUCUUCACUCCAUCCCCAGUGCUGCUGCAGAGCGUCAUUUGCUUCCUGGCAACAUCCUCUGGACCAUCUUCUUUGGUUCUUGGCUCUCACUCAUCUGCUACGCUUCUUCCAUUCUCAUCAAUCUCAGCCCGCUUGGAGGCUCGAGGUAUGCUCGAGUCGUUUGGGAGCUCGGUGGAUACCUCUUCUGGCCAUUUGGCAAGUAUGUCGAGGUAGAGGUGGGCCCGGACAGCGCCGACCGUACUGCAUCCAACGCCGACGUUGCCGACCCCACAGCCGACUCGCAGUGGAUCGAGAACUCGUUCACCCCAGUUGCAGCUCGUUUCCCUCACGAUCACUCACAUGUUGUUCCCUUCAACUCUCGUCCCCAAUCCCUUCUUUCCACUCCUCGCGAAAAGCUCAACAGCAGCCAACACGAAACCAUCCGUAGCGGUGAUGAUGGCGCUCGUCACAAUGCCGAUGCUGGUUCGUCCAGCGGCUCGGAAGCGCGCAGGUCUACUCCUCGUGCUUCUGAGCAAGGCGAAUCCAGCCCUACUUCGCAGCAGGAGCAGGAUGAGACAAGCUCGCUCAAGGGUAAGAACAAGGCCAACGGCUACGGUGCCAUGUACGAUAAUGAAGCUGGACGACCGCUUACCGACCUGGAGCGUAUCGAAGCUGAACAGCGUGUCUAUGGCUACGUCCAGGAUGAUGAGGGUCGCAAUGUCGGUGCUGCUCAACGCAUUGGCGGUCGAACUGCCUUUGGCAUCUUUUACGCUAUCUUGCUCUUCCCGCUGAUGGGUCUUGUUUGUCUUGCAUGCUGGGGUAUGGUCUUCCCCAUUCCUAUGGCUAAGCUGACCUGGGUACUGCUCAAGAACCUUGCCACUCGUCCGCUGGCACUCCACUUCCGCUCUGCACCUGGUAUUGAGAAGACGCACGACGAAGACGGAAACGAGAUCGCUGGAGCAGCGAAGAAGUUCUUCCUCCCACUGAAGCCAGGUGAGCCUGCCCCACGUCCCAAGUCCAUCAACGCCGGCAAGGUAACACUCCAGCGACGAAGCAAGAUUCUGCUCUGCACUUACCGAGCUGUGGGUAGCCAGUACUACAAGUACACCGUCGGAGGUGUCAACAUCCUCUUCGUCAACACACUUCCUCUUGUCUUUUUCACGAUCUUCGACUUUUUCCUCAUCGAGCGCUUUGUCGAGCACCACCAGAUCAAGCACGGCUUCUUGGCCUUCAUCUCUGGCCAAGGUGUCAUCUUCAUGCUUGCCUUGGCAAGUGUCAUUCCGCUGUCGUACUUCAUUGGUAUGGCUGUCGCCAGUAUCAGUGCUCAGAGUAGUAUCGGUAUGGGUGCGGUCAUCAACGCAACUUUCGGUUCGAUCAUCGAGAUUAUCCUCUAUGCUAUUGCUUUGACGCAAGAGAAAGCAAGGUUGGUCGAGGGCUCGUUGAUCGGAUCGAUCUUGGCAGGUGUGCUGCUGAUGCCUGGUCUAUCGAUGUGCUCAGGUGCGACGAGAAGGAAGGAGCAGCGAUUCAAUGCUAGGUCGGCCGGUGUGACAAGUACCAUGCUGAUCAUGGCCAUCAUUGGAAUCUUGACUCCGACGCUCUUCUAUCAGAUCUACGGUACAUUCCAGUUGACUUGUGAGGGUUGCCCGACGGGUAAUGUUCCAGGUGAUUCUUGGAGCUGCAGGCGAUGCUUCUACGAGCACGUUCCACCGGCAACGGAUCCUUUCUUCCAGCAGAACGUGCGAGGGUUGAUGUACACAUGUACGGUCAUCUUGGUGCUUUCGUACGGUGUCGGUCUUUGGUUCUCGUUGCGUACGCAUGCUUCGCAGAUUUGGCAAAACCCUCAGCCGGUGCAGCAGGGUCAUGGUAUAGCCGUCAAUCAGGCGACUCUGGCUCAUUUGCCUUCUGCGCAACGUGCUUCGAUCUACAAGCGACUUGUACCGGCUGCUGUGAUGCAACAGUUGCUUCCGACUACUCAUCCUGCUGGUGGAGACCGGGCUCAGGGGCAUUCGUCUGCGGUCAGUGGAGCUGGUUCUGCUCCUGGAACUGUGAAAGGUCCCUCCUCUAGUCACGCGCGUCAGCCAACAGAUGCUACUCAGGAGGGUGGGGCACCACGACCUUUGCACCUCCCCGAGCACUUCAGUCAAGAAGAGUACGACCGAGCUGUGGCCCUUACCGCUUCGGCAUUCCACAACGUGCUUCAGCAGCAACAUCAGCACGAACAGGCCGCCAACACCACCGAGCGAGGAGCUCACCAUCACAACUCGAUCAGCGCUGCAGGAAACCACGGCAAGCAUGUCUCUAUGCACGAAGACGCAGCUGGUGAAGAGGCGGAGGGUCACGGUGGACACGAUGCUCCUUCGUGGUCUCGUGGUACCUCUCUCACCGUUUUACUCUCUUGCACUGUUCUUUACGCCAUCAUUGCCGAGAUUCUCGUCGAUGUAGUCGAUGUUGUGCUGGACGGAUCCGGUAUCGACGAGAAGUUCCUCGGCAUAACUCUCUUCGCUCUUGUACCGAACACCACCGAGUUUAUGAACGCGAUGUCCUUCGCUAUCAACGGAAACAUUGCCCUCUCGAUGGAAAUCGGUUCCGCCUACGCACUUCAAGUCUGUCUCAUCCAAAUCCCCGCUAUGGUCGUCUUUAGCGCGUACUACAAUGCCGGAGUAUCAGACGACAACCUCAUUCACCGCAGUUUCACCCUCAUCUUCCCGCGAUGGGAUGUCAUCGCGAUCAUCUUCUCGGUAUUCUUGCUCACCUACACGUACAUUGAGAGUAGGAGUAACUACUACAGAGGUACGAUCUGCAUUCUUAGCUACAUGGUACUAGUAGCUGGAUUCUACUUUGCUCCGUCGACAGGUGAUGUUGAGGAUCCGGGUGAUGACAAUCGCGAUCCCACAGCAGGCGCAUUAGGCGGGUUAAUGGGCACCAAUGCGUUGGCGGUGGCCGGACUGGUUGGAAGCGGGAUGGGCAGCCUUUGGAAGAACAGCAGCAGGUUCACGAGCUUCAGCGUAGCAGGAGGGAAGUUUGGUGGUGCUGCUCAGGGCGUUACGCGGGCUGGUGGCUUCGCGGCUGCAAAAGCUGCUGGCGGGCUCGGCAAGGCAGUUGUAGGAGGAGGAGCGAUGCUUCUGCCAGAAACGCCGCUAUUUUUGCCCAGACUGGAGCUGGUCCAGUGGGCCUAUGCUCUAUGGGCUUCUCUAUGGGCUCGCUAG